AUGGAAAGCUUUAGAAAAGCCUAUGGGGCUCUUAAAGAUUCCACCACUGUUAGCCUUGCCAAGGUCAAUAGCGAAUUCAAGGAUUUGGAUAUUGCCAUUGUUAAGGCCACCAACCAUGUUGAAUGCCCCCCAAAGGAACACCAAGUUAGAAAAAUCUUUUCCGCUACAUCUUUGACAAGACCCAGAGCUGACGUUGCCUAUUGUGUCCAUGCGCUUUCAAGAAGAUUGGCAAAAACACGCAAUUGGAUUGUUGCGAUAAAGGCUUUGAUAGUCAUUCAUAGGGCAUUACGAGAGGGAGAUCCUACCUUUAGAGAGGAAUUGCUCCACUACUCACACAGAGGACAUUUAUUUCAAAUAUCAAAUUUUAAGGAUGAUUCGAGCCCUCUAGCAUGGGAUUGCUCUGCUUGGGUCCGAACAUAUGCACUCUUUCUGGAGGAAAGACUCGAGUGUUUUAGGACCUUAAAAUACGAUAUAGAGUCAGAAAAACCGACAAAAUCAGUUCCUGGAAUAUCUAAGGUGUAUAGUAAGACACGUCUUUUGAAUGCUGAAGAACUAUUGGUGCAGCUACCUGCAUUGCAGCAGCUCCUAUACCGCCUACUUGGUUGUCAGCCAGAAGGAGCAGCCUGCCACAACUAUCUCAUUCAGUAUGCCUUGGCCCUGACGUUGAAAGAGAGCUUCAAAAUAUAUUGUGCUAUCAAUGACGGGAUCAUUAAUCUAGUCGAUAUGUUUUUCGAUAUGACAAAAUAUGAUGCAGUCAAAGCUCUUGACAUUUAUAAAAGAGCUGGACAACAGGCUGAACAUCUAGCUGAAUUUUAUAGCUUCUGCAGAACUUUGGAUCUCGCUCGGACAUUUCAGUUUCCGAUCUUGAGACAGCCUCCUCCCUCUUUCCUUUCAACUAUGGAGGAAUAUAUAAAGGAAGCUCCGCAGACAGGUUCUAUGUCGAAGAAGAGACUGGAGUAUCGAGAAACAGAAGAGGAACCUCAAAAACCUGAAGAACGAGCCCCUAAAGAAGAAGAAAAACAAGUUGAAGAAGUUGAGAAUAAAGAAGAACAGGUUGACGAACCAGAGGAACCUCAAACUAAGAAUGAAGAUGAAAUUCCUCCAUUAAUAUCCGCGGACGAGCCUGUUGAUCUGCUGGGCUUGAAUGAAGUAAAUCCAAAAGCUGUAGAAUUAGAGGAAAACAAUGCACUAGCUCUUUCCAUUAUUCAACCAGGCAAUAACCCACCUUUACCUAGUAAUGCAUUGAGUGAAAUUGGAAAAACUUCAGGAUGGGAGUUGGCUCUAGUUACCAUUCCAAGCAACCACACCAGCCAAGCAGCCGAAACCAAAUUGGCUGGCGGGUUCGAUAAGCUAUUACUUGACAGCUUGUACGAAGAUCAUGCUUCACGGAGACAAAUACAGCUGCAGAAUGCAGGUUAUAGUGCAGGAUACGGAUACGAAAUGACAGCACCAAAUCCAUUCGAGCAACACGACCCUUUUGCCAUGUCAAACAGCGUUGCACCUCCAAUAAAUGUGCAAAUGGCAAUGAUGUCCCAACAAGAACAUACGAUGAUGCCUCAGCAACAGCAGCAGCAGCAAAAUACGAUGAUGUUAGUACCCUAUCAAAAUUCAGCUCAAUAUUCUCAGCAACAAAUACCACAAACGGUAUGCUCAAACCCAUUUGGAGAUCCGUUCAUCUAUUCACCAAGUUCAAUGCCUUCACAGGGAAACCAUACAUUACUUUAG